AGCCACGCCCACUUCACAUUUUUUUUUCCGGAGUUGUAGGAGUAGGAACCGCAGCUCAGCGGCUGGUAAUUUCGCCUAUCAAUCACUGAAUGUUAAUACUGAUAGGUUGAUCUGCACAGUUGGCGUGAAUACUGCAGAAAGAUUGAGUGCCGCUGUCUGGCCACAGAGGUUAGGUACAUUAUUGAACUAUGUAAGUUGUCAGAGAGAAGUGUACAGAGAAAAUGCGACUUUUAUGGAUAAUAUGCGUUUUGACUGGGUCGCUGCCCGCCUAUGAAAGCAAAUCUGUAACCGGGCUGUUUAGCAGUAGCAAUGCAAUGGGAAGUGGUGGACAGCGUAUUGUAAAAUUUAUAUUUCAUGGUAAGAACGCUUUAAUAUCCUGCCAGAUCGACAAUGUGACAUUGGCUGUCAGAGAAGCAGGAGCAUUGUAUUUGUUCCUAGAACAGGAAUGGUCAGCUGUACAAGAAAGCCAAGAUGUUAGCUGUUCUGAGAAGCUUUCAAAAGCUCACAUAAGAAUUCCACUGAUGGAAUCUGAAGUGAACCACACCAUGCCGUAUUUUCAGUAUCCUCAAACUUGGCACGUAAUUUAUGCCGAUAAGCAUACCUGUGCAGAAAAAGAUGAAAAAUUGGAAAAUAAAGUUAUUAAAUUCAGCCUUACUUUGCUGAAUCCUGAUUUGGCAGGAAAUCCACUGGAUCAUUUUAGUGGAGAAGAAUCUGGUUUAAAUGAUUUUUAUUUCCUGCUUGUUUUGGCUUAUUUUAUAGCCGCUUGCAUAUACAUUCAGCCACUGUGGCAGGCCAUUCAAAAAAGUGGACCCAUGCAUACUGUUCUGAGAGUUUUGUCAACUUCACUGCUGCUACAAGUUGCUGCAGCUUUCACAAACUAUCUUCAUCUCUCCAGGUAUUCAGGAGAUGGCAUAGGAAUUCCUUUUAUGGGAAGCCUUGCAGAAUUGUGUGAUAUGAUCUCCCAGAUUCAGAUGUUAUACCUUCUGCUGAGUCUCUGCAUGGGUUGGGCACUUAGUAGACUAAAGAGAGCUCAUGGCAAACCUCUACAGUGGGACUCCACUCCAGCCUCCACGGGCAUUGCAGUAGCCGCUGUCAUUACCCAGGGAAUAUUGCUUCUCUGGGAACAGUUUGAAGAUACCAAUCACCAUAGUUACCAUGUGCACCGCAGCACUGCUGGAAUCCUUCUGAUUGUUCUGAGGGUCAUCUUAGUCAUGCUGUUAGCAGCCACUCUUUACCAGAUCAUUACUGUAGAACGAAGCACAAUCAAAAGGGAUUUCUACAUCGAUUUUGCCAAAGGAUGCUUUUUGUGGUUCCUGUGCCAUCCAGUACUUGUAGCAGUUUCAGUUGUGUUUAGACAGCAUCAACAAGAAAAGCUUAUCACCAUUGGGGUUAUCCUGUGCCAAUCUAUCUCAAUGAUUAUCUUGUACAGACUUUUUCUAUCUCGCAGCCUCUACUGGGAAGUUUCAUCACUCUCAUCAGUAACAUUACCACUGACCAUGUCUUCUGGAUACAAGAGUCGAAAUUAUUCUUGAUGUUUGUGUUUAAAAGACUUCUUAAAAAUAUGAGGGUGUCCAAUGAAGACCACUGGUACAGCUAAUGUACUGUUUAACUGACCGCACAUCAGGAGUCCAUGGCAACCUUCUCAUUAACCAUAUAAUAUAUGGAUUAAGCGUUAUUGCCUCAUGUAGGACAGAAAGUUCAGUGUAUGGAAAAUUAUUUAAGAAAAUCUAAUUCACAUUUAUGAUGCGUGUCUUGCAACAUAUCACUUUCACCGUAUAUAGAGGUGAACAAUAGCAUUUAUUUAUAUUUGUUGACAUUGACUGGAUUUAAGGCCUUGUGGAAGAACUCACUAAAAAAAUUAAUCUGACUCAUGACAUACCACUCAAUGGUGGUCUGCCCCUUCCAUGGUAAAAAGGUUACAAAAAAAGCGGCCAGAUGCACUCAGUACCAUCUCAAGAGCCAUUUAUGUGUUUGUGGAUCUGUGUGGGCCAUUUAUUGGAAGUUAAUGUGGUGCUAGCUCCACGUGGUAGCACUGACAUCAGAUGGUGUACUUAAGGAACCUCAAGGUUUAUUAAAUUAGAGAUGCUGCACCAUGAGCAGUAGCUUUACGUCUGCAACAUUUUAGAGAAAAAUAAUGGAUUUCUGCAACACUGUCACCAGUUUGUCAGUUUGCCAUGCGGAUAUAUAUAUAUAUAUAUAUAUAUAUAUAUAUAUACAUUUUUUUUUUUUUUUUUGCAAGUGUUAUGUUCUGUAUGUAUUUCUUGGAACAGUGCCACACAUGGUGAAAAUAUUAGAAGUCUUGGACAGGAUUUCUGCUAUCCGCAGCACAUUGUGUAUGGUUAUAUAGGCAGUAAUCUGUGGCAUGCUGCUUGUAAGUCAAGAAGUAGGUUUCUCGCUAGACUACUAAUUUUCAGAUACCAGAAGGCAUUCUUGUUUUGCCUACAACUUCUGUUGGUUGUUUCACCAGUGCUUCUAACUGUAGAGUUUCAGACUGAUCCUGUUUUCCAUCUCUUAACACUUGCUUGUUUGUUCCACAGUCCGUACUGUGUUUAAGUAAACCAUACCAUUUUUUGGCCACUGUUGUUAUACUGCACUUCAUCUAUGUCAUUUUCCUCAUGUACUGUUCUGUACUGGUAGAACAAAUGCUUUCUUUAUUUUAAUUUGAUUGAUUUUGUGCUGUAAAACUCAGUACUUUUAAACAAAACUGGAUUUCCAUUCCAUUGUUUAUAAUCCCACUAUGAAAUUGUAACAGUGGGAUGGAAAAUGUAUCCCAAAUAAGUUACCUUUAGGUAAGUGGAAUGUACUCUUUAGUAGGUUUGUCUAGUUACAUCCAGAAGAUUCCAAUUUCAGUACUACAUUCAUUUUGCAGAAAAAAUAAAGCUACAACAAAACCUUU